AUAGAGAGAGAGAGAGAGAGAGAUCAGGAAAUGAGCCAGAGGUGAGUGACUGAGUCAGGCGCCGUGAGUGCAGGGUGCAUGCUGGCUGCCAUUACCGACUGUGUGUGUGUGCGUGGACGUACGUUCGAUCGCUCGAUGACAACAGCACCUCCGUAGCCACAGUAAUAAUGUGUGUAUAGUGUGUGUGUGAGUAUGCGUGUGUGUGUCUCGCGUCGAUCGAUUAGUGGGAACCCAAGUGCGUUCAAUCAAUGACUGCACGGUAGCAGAAGUCACGUCAAUUGCUAUUGGGGGUACUUUUGGUGUGAAAGGCUCAAAGAUGGACAGCUGGACUCACCAGGCCUAACGGAUUACUGCGUGGUAUGGGGAUGCGAGCAACACACCUUGUGGAUUACGUAUGGACACAGGAGCAUCACUGAACCAUGGGGUCGAGACUAAGAGAAAAUCCUGAGAGGACGUUCUACUGGUUCUUUGAGGCCUCCUGCCCCAUAGCCAGGGACAAGGAUCCAGGGUUGCUGUUCCAGUUUCCUGAUGACUUUGGCGAUGAGGAGGCUCGGCUGUCCCUGCCCCGUUUCUGUUUCCCCUACGACAUCGAGAAGGUGAGGGAGACGGUGGCGGUGCAGCACUUCACCUUUGUCCUGACUGAUCUGGAGGGAUGUCAACGCUUUGGAUUCUGCAGACUCACGUCCAGCUCACGCACCUGCCUCUGCAUCCUCAGUUAUCUUCCCUGGUUUGAGGUGUUCUACAAACUUCUAAACAACUUAGCUGACUACUUGACAAAGGGACAAAUGAAUGAGAUGCGAGAGCUGCUGGCCAACCUCUACAAACACCCGCUGCCAUUGGCCAGCUCGACCGUCACUCUGCAACUGAUCCCUUACUUCAUCGCCCCUGACCCCAAGAGCCUCCCCUCCAUUCCAGAGAGUAGGAAUCUGACAGAGUUGAUGGUGGCUGUAGACGUGGGCAACCUACUGCAGCUGUACGCCAGCAUGCUGUUCGAGAGACGCAUACUCAUCUAUUGCAGUAAACUCAGCACGUUGACGGCGUGUGUGCAUGCCUGCAGUGGUAUCCUGUUCCCCAUGUAUUGGCAACACAUCUUCAUCCCCGUGCUGCCCCCUCACCUGCUGGAUUACUGCUGUGCUCCUAUGCCCUACCUGAUAGGCGUCCACUCCAGCCUAACUGAGAGGGUGCGUAGUCGGGCCCUGGAGGAUGUGGUCAUUCUCAACGUGGACACCAACACCAUGGAAACGCCAUUUGAUGACCUCAAGAGGAUUCCACCCGACGUGGUGACAGCCCUGAAGGUGCGUUUGAAAAAGCAGUCUGCCUCUCCUGGCUGUGGAGUAGCCAGAGCCUUCCUGAGGGCUCAGGCAGUGCUCUUUGGAGGAUACAGGGACGCUCUUCUCUACCACGAGGAGGAGCCCAUCUCGUUCUGUGAGGAGUCCUUCCUCAACCACAAGUCCAACGUCAUGAGGCACUUUCUGGAAAGUGCCAUACACCUGCAGUUCUUCAAACAGUUCAUAGACAGCCGUCUGGAGCAGCUGAACAAAGGCCUUGUCCCUGAUGACCUGUACGAGGAGGAGAUACUACAGUGUGGCGCAUCGGCAGCAAACAACAAGUCCUACCAGCAGUGGGUGGGUAAUCUAAAGAAAGGUGGCGGCGCCCUUCUUCUGACAGUGAAGUCCAAAGCCCACAUAUACAAGAGUGCCAAAGCCCAUAAGUUGAAGAAUAUCCUCUCUGCUAAGGGCUCGAGUGAUGUGUGUCGUCUGCAGAGAGGAGGCUCCGUGUCGGGGACUCACCGCCGCGCCCAAUCAGAUUGCUUGCAGAACCGCCUACCAAUCACACAGCAUUUCGGCCGUUCUCGCCCGCGUAGACCCAAUCGCAGACAUACGGACCAGCAUGGCGAUGGGAGCAGACCGGCAUGGGAGGAAGGUUCCUCUGUUGGAGAGGAAGAGGCGCUCUCCCUGUCUCUGGAGCAUGAGGAAGACGAGGAAGAAGAGGAGGAGGAGCCGGAGUCUCCGCUGCUGCCCGACCCGGAGGAGAUGGACCUGCUCGGGGAGAUCUUCGACACGCUGAGCGCCCAGAGCAGUGGGGAGAGGGGCCUACUGUACGGGACACGCUCACUGGACCUGUUCGGACCAGACACUGACUUCAUAUCACGGUCGUCCUUGGCCACGCCUAGUCAGGAGAGUCUCAACCAAUCAAUCAACAGGAGCGGCAGCCUGCUCAGCUGGGAGGAGGGACUAGAGGAACAGGAAGAGAAAGAGGAGGGGCCUAACCCAGCUGACCAAUCAGAAUCCACGUCGACGACAACAGCCAAUGACAAACAGAACCUUAAAGGUGUCCUUCCAUCACACGGGUCAGCCCAACAAUUGGUUGCUAAGGGGGAGGGGAUUGUUGGUAAGGUGGAUCCAAUCAAGCAACAGUCAGAGAGGGGGGCGGUCAGUGACGAAGUAAGGGAAAUUAGAAUCGAUGCUAUGGGGAAGAAAAGUGACACAAUAGCUCAGGGCACCACAGGCCAGACAGGGGGAACAGGGGCCUCGCCUCAAGACUCUACCCAGGGAAGCAAAGCCCAACCAGGGGGAAAGGGAGAUGACACCAGCACCAGCACCAUCCUCCUCCAGUCAUCCAGCAGCAAUGGUGAGAAGAUAACCUCCCCAGUGAGGACGACUACUUCAGGUCAACAAGCAGCCUUGGACAAGGACCCCAAAGGAGAGAAGACGCCUUCCACAAUUAAGAGUUCCUUGAGUCAUAAAGUUACCAUAGACCAGGACAACAAUAGCGCAACAAUAGGUCAAGAAACGGCAGCAAAGGACGAGGAUGCCAAAGGGGAGCACACUCCACCAUCAUCAAUCAAGAGUGCCUUGGAGCAGACAUCAGACAAAGUCGCCAAUGGGAAGAACGUGAGGAGUGCCUUAGCUCAAAGUACUCCUGCAGACAAGGACACCAAAGACAAAGACAAGGACAAAUGUGAGCCCUCAUCGUCCUCCUUGUCCUCUUCAUCCUUCUCUUCAUCCUCUUCCUCUUCCUAUACGCCCAGAGUGAUGUCGGCAGCGGCCCGUUUUCAAGUGCGUGACCUCCAGACAUCUCGACCACAGGUCCGGGGGCUGGUAGAGCAGCAGGUCCAGCAAGUCCAGCAACCCAGCGGCGGCACCCGAUCCUGGGAUAACAACUCGAGGAAGAGCUCCUGGGACUCCUCCACUACCACCACAGCCACAGCUGCCGGUAAUGCUACUACACCGUCGCCAUCGUUGAAUGUGGGGAACGGGAUCGGCCUGCCGUCAGCCAGCCAAAACACAGAACCAGAUUCCGCGGAGGAGGCUCCUGCUCCUGUAAAGGUGUCCGAGCUUAAGAAGAGGUUUGAACAUUGA